AUGGGUCUCCUCCUCGGUGUUCACCACAUUGGCACGCUGCUGCUCCUGGUCACGGCCAUUCUCCUCCUGGUCGCCUCCAUCUCCUCGCCGGUCGUCAACAACCUGGCCCUUCUCAAGGUCGACUUCCGUGACGGCCUCAGCGCAGAGCGCGUCACCUUUGGCUCGUUUGGUUACUGCGAGAUGUACGAUGGCUCGUCCGACUACUGCAACCGCCACCUCGGCUACAACCCUCUGCGCAUCAUCCGCGGCAUUGACGGCCAGGUCGACAAUGGCUCCGUCGGCCGCAACACAGCCUCGGGCUUGACCCGCGUUAUGGUCCUGCACCCCGUCGGCGCCGUCCUCUCCUUCGUCGGCUUCCUCCUCGCCGUCAUCGGCACCCACGUCAUCUCCUCCUUCACCGCCUCGGUUCUUUCCGGCCUCACCUUCAUCGUCACCGUCGUCGCCCUCGCCUGCGACUUCACCGCUCUCAGCAUCGUCCACCACCGCGUCAACGAGAUCCGCAACAACCACGCUACCUACGGCUCCGCCCUGUGGUGCGUCGUCGCUGCUGUAGUCACCUCCUUCUUUGCUACCAUCAUCGUCUUCCUCAGCUGCUGUGCCAGCAAGCGCAACAAGAACAAGCCCGACCCCGUUCCCAAGCAGGAGGCCGGCUUUGCUGACUCGACUGUCCCUAAGAAGAAGUUCUGGCAGCGCCGUUAA